UUUAAGGAAACAAACCAGCAAAAUGGGGAGAAGAAAUGGUGAGAACUUCAGCACCAACCUGCGUGUGUCAAACAUCUCUCAUGAGAAUUUAUCUCACUGGAAUUUGGAUUCAGAAGUACCUGAUCCUGAAAAUAAAAACCUCCCACCUGGAAGGGAUAGUGCAGCAGGUGGCAAAAGUAACAAGAGCCAUUUGGAGAUGCCAGUAGAGCAACUGAUGCUAGAGCUUAAUUUGUCAGAGAAUGCUCACAAAAGAACACAGAAUAGGAUAUGUCAGUUAUGGAGUUAUCCUCUUGACAAAGGAAGUACCAUGGAUAACAGGGAUUUCAAAAAACCUUCUAUGGAAAUUGGCUUUAAUACAACCAACAAUCCCAUAAAGUUCUUCACUCUGAACCACUCACUAACAAGUGCUCCAGUUGAUAAGCAAGUUGGUUCUUACUCUGAACUGCCGACAUCAGUAGGUCUCUGCUGGCCCUAUGCCGACGGAGACUUUUUUAAAGACAGAAAUGAGGCUCAUGUUAAUUUAUGUUCAACUAUAGAAAACAACAAUGGUGAAACUUUAUCUGUUCCAAAUUGGAAUUUGAAAUAUGGAAACAGCAGUGUAGAAGAAAAUUUAACAGAUGAAAGUGAUUUAUCAGAAAAUGAAAAGGCAAGUGAUACUUUACUCAGCUAUUUUAAAAAGAUGGACCUGAACUUAAAGCCAGAAACGAUAGAAAAUGUUGAAGAAUCUUUCACAGAAGAACCAAGUGAAGUAUUUCCAUAUCCUAAUUUUCUCCCUCCUCCUUUCAAUACUCUGGACUUGCACAAACUAGCCCUCUCAAAAUCUGAAAAUUGGAAAGCAACAGUGGAAUCUCCAGAAAGCUGUAUUGAACAUUUGGUAACUCGUUUGUUGGAAUUGGAACGAUUACAACAUACGACUAUACAAAAAGAGAGGCCAAGAUUACAAACUACCUUCUGUAUUCCAGCAGCUCCUGAACGACCCUCUUCCUCCAAAACUAUACCAAAACUGAGACAGCCAAAACUUUCUGACUCUGUAAGUCUUCAGACAACUUGUAUAGAUAAAACUAGAGAAAAAAGAAAAAAUAAUUCUGAUUCUUACAAGCUUGAACAAAAUGCUUCACAAUGGAAUUGGAGCAGUGCUGGCAACUAUAAAUGGAAUUCUAAACCACCAUCUCUAAAAGGUUCAUCCACAACAAAACAUUUGAUGGCAACUUAUGAUGCCUUGAAGAAUCCCAAAAGCUCCAUUUUAAAUCCAUGCCAAGAACUCUCAACCAACCCUACUACUGCCCAAACAACUCAAUCACUGGUUAAAGAGGUCUCAGCAAGACCUUGUCUGCCACCAAGGUCUCUAAUACCAGUUUCACCCAUAAAUUUGUCUUUUCCUGAAAAUCACACAGAAGAAAUCAAGGCACCAAGGACCAAAAAGAAACUUUACCGAAAACACAUAGUAUUGAGCAGACCAUUCUACAUUCAAAAGCGAUACUGUUUAUCACCUUCAUUUAUGGCUAAGGGUAAGUGCUCACCCAUUGAGCAAAAAUAGCAUUUCCCCCCUUAUGUCUCAAUGUAAGCAACUUCAUCCCAAGAAGCCCAGCUGAAAAUGGCUCACCAUUUCGAGAUGCAGGUAUUAAACACACACAGGCACACAAAUUACUUGAUGUGCUCAUGGAGUGGAACUUGUGAAACCACCGCUGAGAUCAGUCUAUGUAUCAACCCAAGGUAACAUAUUAGACAAUCUUUUGCAUGUUAUAUUUCAAAACAUUUUACUUAGUAAACUGUUCCACUCAAAAGA